UUUACAUGUACUUAAUACACUUGAGAUUUAUAUUUUAUCAUAAACUAUUAUUUUUUUAAAUAUAGAUCUUCGGUUUCAUUCAACAUACAUUCACAUUGUAAAUAGAGAAUAAUUGUAUUUUCAAUUUAAUGAAUACCUGUACCUACGAACGCUACGUUAAACUACAGUUGUGAUUGUAAACACUAGUUAUAAUAAUGAGAAUAUUUACUCUGGCUUCUGGUAUUUCAACUUUACUGAAAACACGAUGUACCCUAUGCAGUAUAUAUCGUCCAUAUGCUACACGUAAAAGAUUUUAUAAGGGGACAGCUGUGAUUCAGAAUGACAACAAAUGGGAAGUGACUUUGGAUCAUCGACGUCUAAAAACACCAAAUGGGAAUGUAUUAACCGUAGGGAAUGAACCUCUUGCUCGUGCUGUUGCUGUAGAAUGGGAUUCACAAAAUGAAACAAUUUCACAAGCCACCAUGCAUUUGGUAAGAGCGAAAUUGAUUAACUAUAGUCAAUAGGACAUGGCAGAGUAAUUAAGUACCUAUACAAAAUUUGUAUUAAAUAACUCUAUACAUUGUUAUAAAAGUUGUUGUAUUCUAUUUAAUUGAAACACUUCAGUCAAACGUUAUAAAUAAAAAAGAAUGAAUCAACAGUGUCUUGUGUUAUGUUAAAUUCUGAUUUAGU